CCGGCCCCGCCCCUCGCGGGGUGUGAGCGGGGCGUCCCGGUGGGCGGGGCUGUGUGGCCGUCGCCCCGCCCCUUGGGCAGGCCCAUGGCCGCCGUGCUGCGCAGCGGCCGCCGCUUUCCGCUGGUGCUGCCGGCGCGGCCGCGCUGCUGGGGCCGGCUGGGCUCGCUGGGCUCCGCCAUGCAGCAGCCCGCCGCUCUCCCGGCGCGGCCGGGCAGCCCCGAGGGCGGCUCGCAGGCGGGCGGCGGGGGCUGGCGCUGGCUGAGCGCUCUGCGCUUCGACAACCUGGCGCUGCGCUCGCUGCCGGUGGACGCCUCCGAGGCCAGCGGGCCGCGGGCCGUGCCCGGCGCCUGCUUCUGCCGGGUGCGGCCCAGCCCGCUGCAGAACCCGCGGCUGGUGGCCAUGUCGCUGCCGGCGCUGGCGCUGCUGGGGCUGGACGCGCCCGUGGGCGAUCGGGAGGCGGCGGAGGCCGAGGCGGCGUUGUACUUCAGCGGGAACCGGCUGCUGGCGGGCUCGGAGCCCGCGGCGCACUGCUACUGCGGACACCAGUUCGGCAGCUUCGCGGGGCAGCUGGGCGACGGCGCCGCCAUGUACCUGGGCGAGGUGCUGGGCCCGCGGGGCGAGCGCUGGGAGAUCCAGCUCAAGGGCGCCGGGCUCACCCCCUUCUCCCGACAAGCUGAUGGUCGGAAGGUCCUGCGGUCGAGCAUACGGGAGUUCCUGUGCAGCGAGGCCAUGUUUCACCUGGGAAUACCAACAACGAGGGCUGGAACAUGCGUGACGUCUGACUCAAAAGUCAUCCGUGACAUAUUUUAUGAUGGGAAUCCAAAAAACGAAAGGUGUACGGUUGUUCUGAGAAUAGCUUCUACGUUCAUAAGAUUUGGUUCUUUUGAAAUUUUUAAACCUCCUGAUGAAUACACAGGACGCAAGGGUCCCAGUGUUAACCGAAAUGAUAUUCGAAUACAGAUGCUUGAUUAUGUGAUCAGCACUUUCUAUCCAGAAAUCCAGGAGGCUUAUUCAGACAACAGUGUUCAGAGGAAUGCUGCUUUCUUCAAAGAGAUAACAAAACGGACGGCGAGAUUGGUUGCGGAAUGGCAAUGUGUUGGGUUUUGCCAUGGCGUGCUGAAUACAGAUAAUAUGAGCAUAGUUGGACUAACCAUCGACUACGGCCCUUUUGGUUUUAUGGACAGAUAUGACCCUGAGCACAUUUGCAAUGGUUCUGAUAACACAGGGCGCUACGCUUACAACAAGCAGCCAGAGAUUUGCAAGUGGAACCUGGGGAAGCUCGCUGAAGCUCUGGUUCCAGAGCUGCCCUUGGAAAUCAGUGAACUCAUCCUGGAAGAGGAAUACGAUGCAGAAUUUGAGAAACAUUAUUUGCAGAAGAUGAGGAAGAAACUAGGCCUAAUCCAGCUGGAAUUAGAAGAAGAUAGUAAGCUGGUGGCUGAGCUGCUUGAAGCCAUGCAUCUCACAGGUGGAGACUUCACAAAUAUUUUCUACUUGCUAAGUUCAUUCUCAGUACACUCUGAUCCUUCAAAAUUGGAAGAUUUCUUAGAAAAGGUUACAAGUCAGUGUGCUUCUCUGGAAGAACUGAAAGUUGCUUUCAAACCACAGAUGGAUCCAAGACAACUGUCAAUGAUGCUGAUGUUGGCUCAGUCCAAUCCUCAGCUGUUUGCAUUAAUUGGAACAAAAGAUAGUAUAAAUAAAGAAUUAGAACGCAUUGAACAGUUCUCUAAACUGCAGCAGUUAACAGCAGAUGAUUUACUAAGCAGAAAUAAAAGACACUGGAAAGAAUGGCUGGAGAAAUACAGAGUCCGUUUGCAAAAAGAAAUUGAAAGCGUUAGUGAUGCUGAUGCCUGGAAUGCUGAUCGUGUGAAGGUCAUGAAUUCAAACAAUCCAAAAUAUAUAUUGAGAAAUUAUAUUGCCCAGAAUGCCAUAGAAGCAGCUGAAAAUGGGGAUUUCUCAGAGGUAAGAAAUGUACUGAAACUCUUGGAGAAUCCAUUCCAAGAAGCAGAAAGCUUCGGGGAGGUAAAGGAAGAUGCCGAAGAGGAGGGAGCAACAGCUGCAGCAGCUGCUUGUGCUCAGGAGACCAGCAGUAGACUGCCGUACUGCAGUAAACCUCCACUGUGGGCUUCAGAGCUCUGCGUUACAUGAUCUUCGUAGCUGCCUUGUUUCAUUUUUUGCUGUAAACUGAAGACUCUGAUCCUCCUUCAGCAGUGAAGAAUUCAGCAAGGCAAACAGCAAAGUGCUAUUAAGUUAUUGAAACAACCCUACAUUUGGAUGCAUCUGCAACAGACUUCAGCUGUGCUUAAUUUGAAGCAAUUGUGGAUCACUGGAACAAACUAGUCACAAUCACCAGUCCUUAUACAUCUGUAAUUUAAAUGUUUUGGAACUGAAAGUCUUUCCUUUAUUCAUACUGCACCGCAAGUAGAAAGCAAUAUUUUACGUUGAGGCGGGCUGAAUUUUGAACAUCCAAAUGGAGUUGUUAUGUGAAGACAAAAAUAGCAAGUCAGGAAUCUGAUCUGUUUUUGUCUGAUGUCUUAACUAAUAGUACUUCUAACAUUUAUUUGCUGCUUUCUCUAUGCAGGGACUUUUCAUCCUCUUCAAUAGAGGAAGAGAUUCCAUGUUGCUUGUUUUUAAGCUAUGUUUCGUUUAAGUAAGUAGUUCAUUUCUUGUGAACCUUCAGAUUGAUCAUCUAUUUUUAGAGAAUUGUUUGGGUUUGUUUUUUUUUUUAAUACAGUAAGAGCAGAAUUAAGAGAGAAUAUAUAUAUAUAUUUGCACUUGAAAUUCAUGGUGGUAAAGCUCAUUCAGGUUCAGUAUUUACUAAAUGCGGACGUAUUUACUAAAAUCAUGGGUGCCGUUUGUAAAUCAGUUGACUUGGGCAAGGUCAGGUAACCGAAUUAGAGUGAACCUUAAACUACCCCAGUACUCACAUCCAGGUUCACUGUCUGUGUGUGUUCUCUUCACAGAGUCUCCUUGUACGAGAAGCGGGCAGGUGGGGUGCCUGUUCCUGCUCACUCGUCAGGGGGAUUUUUCUAUUCUCACUCUGGUCUUGUACCUUUUAGUUUGUUUCCAUGGUCUUUGAAAAUCUUCACGCUGCAAGUUGCCCUUCAGGAACACGCUCUUUGAGCUCGUGUAAAGGAUUACAGAGGGUAUCGGGGGAGGAUGGGAGCUGACUUGCUUGCAAGUUACUUACUGGUAGUGUUUGUUGAGGUUUUGGGGUAAGUUGGUUGCCAUUAUUGCGACAUCAGCAAAAAAAAGUUGUUCUGUACUUAGCUAUUAAUUUGCUUUCUCGACUUUUUUCUAAAGGACUCUAUUACUGGUUCAGAUAGCUGAAAUCUUGUGAAAAGUUUGAUUUAAUGCAAAGGUUUCUCUUUUCCAAAGAGACCACCGUCUUACACUGUGAGCUUAGGUGUACUCUAGUAAAACCUUUGUCCACCCCUGUGCAAGCUUGGUAUCAGCUCAGGUGGAACUGUGCUCUUUUAAGUCUUCCUCAACAUACAAGCGAUGGAAAAACAGGGAGAACAGUUGGACUACUGCUAAUCCAUCUGUAGUAAUAAUCAAUUUGUCCUCCUUACUGCUACAGUAAAUAGGUGAUGCUUUGAAUGUAAACAUUCAUUCCAUCUUGCCUUUGACCUGAAAAAGCUGAUGCUGAAUAAUGCUUUGUGACAACCUAGUUUGUUGGACACACACAGCACUUUCUGUGACAUUUUGGAGUCCUUACAGAAAAGGACAAACUUGAGGGUGUAUUUACCUCGUCCAUGGAGAACAGUGUGGCUGGAAGAGAAGCACCCUGAAGCAGCGGGCAACAAGCAAUGCCAGCCGCUGCGGCUGGUUGUCUUCUAGAAAUAAUCCGGUUUUGCGAGAGUUUCAGACUGUCAUCGGGGAUGAUCCUUCCUCUGAACUUGUGGGUAACUGGAACCAAACCAUUUGAUGGAAACUUUAACAGAAAGUGGGUGCUGGGUGAAAACGACUGCACCAGGGACAGGGCGAUGUGCUGGCAAUUUGAAAGAUGCUUUGAACAUCGGCUUGGCAAAUGUGCCAACCCAUGAUCUCCUGUGCUGCGCCUGGUCCAGAAGGGAGUGGUGGGGCCAGGGGGAAGUUGCUCCAAGCUGAUCAGCACAACUCUCUGCUGGUUUUGCUUCUAAAUUUCUAUCUUUCCUUUUGGGAGGCAGAGGGGAACAGUGUUUUAGAGGAGCUCCGCCCAAGCUUUUGGCCUAACAGAAUGAGCUAGAAAGCAAUGAUUUUACACCAUACCUAAAGGAAUCAAGUCUCUUUAAUGGCAUUCUGAUAGUGAUUUGGGGGGAUUGAGUAGAUCUCUGUUCAUAAUGGCAUGGAGAAGGAGAAUGAUAUAACUGGGUGUUUGGACAUAGGAGAACUGGAAUUAACUACCAAAGUAUUUUGCAUAUAAAGAUAGAAAUUAUUUUGCAUCUAUAAUGCCAAAAUCAUGGAGAGGUACUUUGAAAUAAUUUGCUAGCAAUUUUAUCCUUAAAAAGGGAAAUUGAAUAUAACAGUGUAGAAUGGAUAUGUAGUGUCAUAUCGUGCUAAAUACAUUCCUUGUUUACAUAUAGAGCAAGUGCAAAAGGUCUAGAAGACUUGAAAUGGCGAGUGCAGACCCUUGAUGUGGAUGCUCUGGUGUGCCACUCAGUAAAGCUGUAUUUGUAACAGAUGCAGCUGUUCACCCACUAGUGGAAAUACCAAGAGGGUAUUGCCAUAGUCUGACUGCGCUGAUGUUCAACUGCUCGGUUCCUCAGUGUGUUGCAGUCGUAUUGAUGCUUUGUAUUUGAAGAAGCGUGAGGAUCAGAAGCCAAGCAGAAUGCUUGUGCUCUUCUACCACUUGCAUUUCAAACAGCAGGGAGUAGUUUCUGCUCUGAUGAUAGUCAGAUUCUCCUGUUCCUGUUCCUGGAGCAGUGUGGAGGCAGAUGGUUGUUCAGGACAAUUAGACCAAAUUUUGACCAGGUAAGAACUUAAUCUCUUAGCUCAGUUCUUCAGAGAGAAGGGAAUACAGCUUAUAACGUUUUGGGAGUCUAAAUACUUGAAUCAUAAACUGCUUCUUGAUUUUUUUACAGCUUAUAUUUGCAAUAGGUAAAUGUGAAAAUAAUAUUUCUUAUUGAUCAAAUAUUCUGCUUGUUUAAAAGCCAUGGACUUGGGCUCAAAAUGAAUUGAUGACUCUUCAUAUCAACAGCUUUCAGUGGAAACACUUGAUUUGACUUAGCCUGUGGCUACACAGCCUGAACUAACCUUGCGUAAAAUCAAGUGGUACCCAGAUGACAAAACUGAAAUGAGGAGCUCCGGGAGACAUGUCUCUGGAUGGUCUCACGUGGUAGUGGGACUUCUCAUUUCAUAAGAUUUCACCAUAGCUCUGCUUCGUGCGCUUGCAAAUCUGUGAUUGCUGGAUGUGUUACUGUCAGCUCUCCCUUUGGAGUGUUUUGUGGAGGUUUUUUUAUCAUGGUUUUUUGUUUGUUUGUGUCGUUGUUGUUUGGUUUUUUUUGGUUUGAGGUUUGGUUUGAUUUGUUUCCCCCCAAACAAGUGCUACAGCUUUCUUUGAUUCUUAUAUUAAAAAAUAAAAAAUGCCAUUUUAA